UUCAGCGCCGAGACUCAGUGUUGCCCCGGAAAGAAUUUAAAAGUCCCUUGAUGAUUUUCGCGACAAUUCACUUUUAUCAAAUAAUACUUAUGUUUUAUUUUGUUAACAUAAGAUAGAAUUAUUAUUAUAAUAUUUAUAAUAAUUUCUGGAAAGAAGAACAGAUAAAAUUAAUGACGAAUUGUAUAUAGAGCUAACCAUUGAUUUUGACUUAAGCAAUUUUGCCGGUUGAAUUUUUUAAUCGCUAAUUAAAUUAAUGGGAGUUUAAACGAGAUUAUGUAUCCAUCUGUAAAAUUAUGCAUCAGCCCGUCACGUUCGAUUGCUACUGAGUUUGUUCUGCUGAAUGCGCUCAAAAUAUUCAAAUAGAAGAUACAUCGAAUUCUGCUUAAAAUCGAAUAAAGAUAUAUUUAGCGCAAAUUCUUACAUGAGGAUAAAACUCCCCCCAAAAAAUGCAAGAAUGAUAACAAUAGAGAUUUUGUAGCCAAUCGCUAUUCUCAUUGGCGACACUGCGCGCGCGUUUUGGAACACAUUGGAACACAUGUUGAAGAGACGAAUCCUCGACAACGUGGUUCAGAACCUGAAAUGAAAGAUGUAUGUUUUGCGGAACAGCAGAUGACAAGGAUAAACAAGUGGGAAUCAUGUUUUACUUGAUAGGAUUAGGUCUAGGCGACGCGAAGGACGUCACCGUGAAAGGGCUCGAGAUUAUUAGGAAAUGUGACCGCGUGUACCUGGAAUCUUAUACCUCUGUCUUGACAGUGCAGCAAGAAGCCUUGGAACAGUUCUACGGACGUUCCUUGAUCGUUGCCGACCGCGAGCUGGUGGAGAGUAACGCAGAUGAGAUACUACCGAAGAGAGAGGACGAAGAAGUGGCUUUUCUGGUUGUAGGAGACCCUCUCGGGGCUACCACGCACACGGAUCUGGUACUGCGUGCGAAGGAGAAAGACAUACAGGUGAAAGUUAUACACAAUUCGUCGAUACUGACUGCGGUUGGUUGCUGUGGCUUGCAACUGUAUUCAUAUGGGGAAAUCGUUUCGAUUCCAUACUGGACCGACACUUGGCAGCCGGAUAGCUUUUAUGAGAAGAUAGCUUCUAACAGACAAAGAGGGCUGCACACACUCUGUCUCUUGGACAUCAAAGUUAAGGAGCCUACCUCGGAAAGUAUCACGAAGAGAAAAAAGGAGUACAUGCCUCCGAGAUUCAUGAGCGUCAAUGAGGCUGCUGGUCAACUGAUAGCUAUACUUGACAAUAAGAUUCAGGAUGGACAUAAAGAUUUAGCGUUUACGCACCAGAGCUUGGCGGUGGGCUUGGCGCGAGUGGGCUGUGAGAACCAGCACAUUGUCGCUUGUUCCCUGGAGGAUAUGACGCGGGUAGAUUUGGGAUUGCCGCUACACUGCCUCGUCAUCCCGGCGGAAAAGCUUCAUCCCCUCGAACUGGAAUUUCUCGCGCAGUAUGCUCUGAACAAGACUCAGUUCAAAGAAAUGACGCAAUCAGCAUGACCUUUUUUAUUCAAACGAAGAAUGGAGUGAGCUCUAUUCUUUUUGUACACUUAGGCAAAAUAAAUUGAUUGUAUCAAA